GUCAGAGAAGAAGCCGCACGCAGAACAAGUGACUUGCGCUUCAGUUGAGAGAACCUGAUGUAUCCGGACGAAUCUCUCCGCGCUCAGGUGCGCUGAAAAUGGAGCGAGGACUUCUGUUCGCGCGGAUACUUGGAGUCACGCUCGUCUGCGUUUCGCUGCUGUCAGAGGUCGUUUCUGAGGAACGGACGGUGAGGUAUAAGAUAUACGAGGAGGUUCGACCGCCGACGGUCAUCGGAACUCUAGCCAGCAAUGUAACCUGGACCCCGGACAAAACGCGCAGGACUUUCCCCGGAAUCAGGUUUAAGCUCAUGAGCCCGUCCACCGGCUCCUUCAUCCGAUUCAGGGAAAGCGACGGGAGGCUGACGGUGGAGGAGCGCGUCGACCGCGAGCGCGUCUGCAAGCGCAACCCGCGGUGCGUAAUCACUUUCGACGUCGCCUUCGUGUCCGCCGAGCAGUUCGAGCUCUUUCACGUCGAGGUGGAAGUGCUGGAUGUGAACGACAACUCGCCGGAGUUCCCGCGUGCCGAGUGCACCGUCGAGAUCUCCGAGAGCGCGGCGCUUGGGACGCGUAUUGCGCUGGACGCCGCCGAGGACGCGGACGUGGGCUCCAACUCUAUCCAAACCUACCAUCUGAGCGAGAACACUCACUUUAGCAUCGAUGUCGUAACUCGAGUGGAUGGGGUUAAAUAUGCGGAGCUGGUGCUCGUCAAAGAGCUCGACCGCGAAUCCCGUGCUUUUUUCGCUCUCAAACUCGUGGCAGCAGACGGCGGGCAUCCCGCGAAAAGCGGCGCCACUAAUGUCACCGUCAAAGUGAAGGAUGCUAAUGACAACAGCCCGUUGUUUGACCACAUCCAUUACUCUGUGGAUGUGCCAGAGGACACCCCCGUUGAUUCGCUACUGCUGGACCUAAACGCCGUCGACCCGGAUGAAGGUCUCAAUGGACAGGUCGUGUAUGAAUUUGGCAAACAAGUCACAAAAAAGAUCAGACAACUGUUUAAACUGGAUUAUAAAACAGGACAUUUGACUUUGCAGAGCCCUGUGGAUUACGAAGACGAGACCACGUAUGAGAUCGACGUGCAAGCCACCGAUUUAGGGCACAAUCCGGUGCCCUCCGUGUGCAAAAUCAUCAUCAACAUCAGAGAUGUGAAUGACAACCCGCCUGAAAUCAUCCUCACGUCCAUCACAUCAGUAACAGAUGGUGUUGCGCAUGUUAGCGAAGCUACAGGUCAAGACAUCCUGGUGGCUUUAAUCGGCAUCAAAGACAAGGACACUGGAGUGAACGGGCAAGUGAGCUGCACUCUGAACGGCGGACACGGAAACUUCAGGCUUAAAAGAGCGUAUGAAGGGAGCUACACGAUAGUUACGAUGGCACCCUUGGAUAGAGAAAAUAUCGCGGAGUAUAAUUUAACCGUGGUGGCUGAGGACUUCGGUGUACCGCCGUUACGCACGGUAACUCAUUACAUUAUACGGCUCACAGACGUCAACGACAAUGCGCCGACAUUCAGCGCUAAGAUAUAUGAAGGUUUCAUUGAGGAGAAUCAACUUCCAGGUACCUACAUCACCACGAUUUUAGCCAGCGAUCAGGAUUCUGGGCUUAACGGGGAAAUAACCUAUGAGCUUUUUGACACGGACACCAACAGCGUCUCCAGGUUUGCUAUUAUGAAUCAAGCGGGGAACGUUUACGCCUUGCAAAGUUUCAAUUACGAAGUCACGAAGCGGCUAGAUCUUCGCAUUCAGGCUAGCGACCGAGGAUGGCCGCAACUUCACAGCAACGCAGUACUGAUUAUCAAUGUAGUCGAUCAGAAUGACAACACGCCUUCGAUAUCGCAACCACCGCUCGUCAACGGAUCUGGCGAAAUCCAGCUUCCCAGAGACGCUCCGCCCGGUUAUAUCGUGACCCGAAUCGUGGCGAAAGAUUCAGACGCCGGUUUGAACGCAGAGCUCACUUACAAACUCUAUGAUGGAGGCGAUUUCGGUUUCGCCAUCGAUCCGAAUACGGGGGAAAUAUAUAUCAACCGCAAAAUCGCUUACGACGAGUACGACUUAUGGAAAGUCUUAGUGACGGUUAACGACAACGGCCACCCGUCGCUAACCUCAACAGCUACGAUUCAUUUCACCCUAACCGAGUCUACGCCCUCAAAUGGGAAUUUCUACGAUGAAAGAGAGGAUGGCGAACCAAAACAAUGGAUGCUUAUUUUAAUCUUGGCUUUGACGAGUUCCUCGUUGCUGUUUUUGGCUAUUUUAUCGUUCAUACUAUGCAAAAGUCGCAAAAACGGUCAGAAGAGACAAGCUAACCUCCCUGACACGGUGGAUAUUCCUUAUGCUAAAGAGCACAACACCGUGUCGAUGAUCUCCAGCCAGACGGCCAAUGUGUUCGACAUGCAUGCAUUUCACUCCACGAGCAUCAUCGGCACGCCUGAGAAACUACACAACAGCGUGCAGGCAACAGUUGAAGUUUUUAACCAAACCCCACAGACCUUCAAGAGCAAAUAUAGGAGUGUGGCGGGGGAAAUAGAUGGAUAUUCCACUUUGCCUGGUUAUGGUAAAGGCAACGCUCGACCCAUCACGGUAUGGAAAGGAAACUCCAUGAUGACCAUCGCAGUCAGAGACCCACAGAUCAGCGGCAAAGACAGUGGGAAAGGAGACAGUGAUGCUAAUGACAGUGAUUCUGACAUCAGUGAAGGCCUCAAGAAAGACUACACUUCAUAUAAAGGUCUGUGGGCUUGUACCAGCGAGUGCAGGAUCCUGGGUCACUCGGACAGAUGCUGGAGCCCGUCUGUGAGCGUUAAUAGCAGACAUCUGUCGACCUUCUCAAGGACGAGGCCGUGCUCACAGGCCACGCUUCAGAGGAGCAGUUACGACACGCAGACCAACAGAAGCGUGGCCUUGCACAGCCUUACAGAAGACCAGCAGAGUCAGUACGAUUACAUUCACGUCUGCUCUCCACAGUCACAGCGGAGACAAGACUCGGAGAACAUAGUCUUCACACACUCCACCAAACCCAUCGCCACGGAGAGUCCCGGCAGAUUUACUGAAGCCUGA